AUGGCCGGCGUGCGGCCAAGUGGGCUCGCGGCGGCGGCUCCUGCCGGCGGUGGCCGGCCGGCGCCACGGCCCGGCUGGACCUCGGCCAGGGCGGCUGGGGAGCAGGGGCGCGCGCUUGGGGCGGCGCAGAGGCGCGCGCAAGGCCUGGCGGCGGCGCACCCAGGGCAAGGCGGCAGGCGGGCGGCGUUCCCGCCGGCACGGCGCAGGGCGGCGGAAGAGCAGGGUGCGACCGCGACUAGGGUGGCCGGGCAGUGGUGGGGCGCACAGCAGCGCUGCAAGGCCCCGCGCAGGGGCACUCCGCGACGCGCAGGCGGCGGAGGCCGAGCGACCACGGCGGCGUGGCGGCACCCCGACGCCGACGGUGGGGAUUCAAGGGGGAAAGCGGUCUGGGAGGAGGAGGAGAGCGCGAGGAAGCUCACCAUGCUCUCGAUUCGUGCGGAGAUGGACCGGAGAGGGAGCACUGGCGUGUGA